AUGUCAGUAGCAAACGAUUUGAGUGCUGGGGACUGCAUUGACGCCAGGCGGGGCGAUGGACAAGAGUGAGAUUCUUUGUUAUCACAAUCCAUGCAUUUUACGAAGUAGCCUAGCAAACCGUUGUAAAAUUGGUUUGAGUUUCGAUAUUCACCAGACAUUAACAAUCAUUGUAAUGAAAUCAUGACAUUCGGCUACAUUGUUACUUGUGGUCGUGCAGUCUGAUGCCCAUAUUUGGUCCAUGGCCAGUAUAGCUAUACUACAUACUGGAAAUUGCCAAAAUUGUUAUUGUGUCACGCCUAUAGUUGACACACACACACACACACACACUCAGCCAUAUCUAUGACUAAAAAGAUACGUUUUUACAAUAGGAGAUCUAUUGUAUCUCUUCUGUAAAACGUAUUCUCUUUUUAGUCAUAGAUAUGGCUAACAGUCCAAGGGAGAGAGAGAGAAGGCACAGGGUCAGCCACAUGGCAACACCCCUGGGACUAUUUUGGGUUAAGGGCCUGCCUGGGAAAUGCUUUUGAAAUGCAUUCUUCCUUCCUCCCUUAAAGUAAUCACUGAUCUGAUUAUUCUACAGGUGAAAAGUAAGGGUACCACCUCACAGCUUCCACACAAUCCACGUCUGAUCGGUGAUUACUUUGAGGGAAGGAUGCUCAAAAGUAUUUAAACAGUUCACGUGUAUCCGAGCCCAGAUCUGACUUGCACAGAGUAACAGCUUGGCAUAUUGCUGUGAUCUAACUAGUGGUCCUGUGUGGCUCAGUUGGUAAGAGCUACUAAUGACAAAGUCGUAGGUUCAAUUCUCAGAGGGAUAACAUACACACACAAAAAUGUAGGCUAUGCAAUCACUGGAUUGUAAGUGACUUUGGAAGAAAGCAUCUGCUAAGUGGCAUCUAUUUGAUUAUUUCCUAGGUCAGAGGGCCCCUGUGGUGGCUCUGGAUCUAUGCAGGUGGACGCCAAACCUCAAUCCCAUAGCUUCAGGUACAGCCUCAGCUACGCCAGCAUUGGCCAGUGUAUCAUCAUCAACAACAAGAACUUUGACAGAAGAACAGGUAUUGUGUUUGUUCAUUUGUAGACAUAGGGUGAUGUUUUUCCAGGUCUAGGCUAUGUCUAAUACUGAUGUUUUGUAUUUGCAUAAAGCUUGUUGUUCAGUUUCUUCCCAGUGGGUGAAACUAGUUGAAAUUACAUAAUUAUAACCUGAUUAUGAAAACUGGUUGUAAUGACAUUACCUCACCCAGCUUUGUCUGCUGGGUUACUACUGUAAGAAUAUGUGUAAAGGCAGUGGUGUAAAGAACUUAAGUAAAAAAUACUUUAAAGUACUACUUAAGUCAUUUUUGUGGGUAUUUGUACUUUACUUUACUAUUCAUAUUUUCUACAACUUUUACUUCACUACAUUUCUAAAGAAAAUAAUGUACUUUUUACUCCAUACAUUUUCCCCGACACCCAAAAUUACUUGUUACAUUUUGAAUGCUUAGCAGAACAGGAAAAUUGUCCAAUUCACGUACUUACCAAGAGAUCAUCCCUGGUCAUCCCUACUACCUCUGAUCUGGAGGACUCACUAAACGCACAUGCUUCCUUUGUAAAUGAUGUCUGAGUGUUUGAGUGUGCCCCUGGCUAGCCAUAAAAUAAAAUAAAUGUUCCGUCUGGUUUGCUUAAUAUAAGGAAUUUGAAAUGAUUUAUAUUUGUACUUUUGAUACUUAAGUAUAUUUUAGCAAUUACAUUUACAUUUGAUACUUAAGUACUCUACUGGUCAAAAGUUUUAGAACACCUACUCAUUCAAGGGUUUUUCUUUAUUUUUACUAUUUUCUACAUUGUAGAAUAAUACAUCAAAACUAUGAAAUAACACAUAUGGAAUCAUGUAGUAACCAAAAAAGUGUUAAACAAAUCAAAAUACACUGCUCAAAAAAAUAAAGGGAACACUUAAACAACACAGUAACUCCAAGUCAAUCACACUUCUGUGAAAUCAAACUGUCCACUUAGGAAGCAACACUGAUUGACAAUAAAUUUCACAUGCUGUUGUGCAGAUGGAAUAUACAACAGGUGGAAAUUAUAGGCAAUUAGCAAGACACCCCCAAUAAAGGACUGGUUUUGCAGGUGGUGACCACAGACCACUUCUCAGUUCCUAUGCUUCCUGGCUGAUGUUUUGGUCACUUUUCAAUGCUGGCGGUGCUUUCACUCUAGUGGUAGCAUGAGACGGAGUCUACAACCCACACAAGUGGCUCAGGUAGUGCAGCUCAUCCAGGAUGGCACAUCAAUGCGAGCUGUGGCAAGAAGGUUUGCUGUGUCUGUCAGCGUAGUGUCCAGAGCAUGGAGGCGCUACCAGGAGACAGGCCAGUACAUCAGGAGAUGUGGAGGAGGCCGUAGGAGGGCAACAACCCAGCAGCAGGACUGCUACCUCCGCCUUUGUGCAAGGAGGAGCAGGAGGAGCACUGCCAGAGCCCUGCAAAAUGACCUCCAGCAGGCUACAAAUGUGCAUGUGUCUGCUCAAACGGUCAGAAACAGACUCCAUGAGGGUGGUAUGAGGGCCCGACAUCCACAGGUGGGGGUUGUGCUUACAACCCAACACCGUGCAGGACGUUUGGCAUUUGCCAGAGAACACCAAGAUUGGCAAAUUCGCCACUGGCGCCCUGUGCUCUUCACAGAUGAAAGCAGGUUCACACUGAGCACGUGACAGACGUGACAGAGUCUGGAGACGCCGUGGAGAACGUUCUGCUGCCUGCAACAUCCUCCAGCAUGACCGGUUUGGCGGUGGGUCAGUCAUGAUGUGGGGUGGCAUUUCUUUGGGGGGCCGCACAGCCCUCCAUGUGCUCGCCAGAGGUAGCCUGACUGCCAUUAGGUACCGAGAUAAGAUCCUCAGACCCCUUGUGAGACCAUAUGCUAGUGCGGUUGGCCCUGGGUUCCUCCUAAUGCAAGACAAUGCUAGACCUCAUGUGGCUGGAGUGUGUCAGCAGUUCCUGCAAGAGGAAGGCAUUGAUGCUAUGGACUGGCCCGCCCGUUCCCCAGACCUGAAUCCAAUUGAGCACAUCUGGGACAUCAUGUCUCGCUCCAUCCACCAACGCCACGUUGCACCACAGACUGUCCAGGAGUUGGCGGAUGCUUUAGUCUAGGUCUGGGAGGAGAUCCCUCAGGAGACCAUCCGCCACCUCAUCAGGAGCAUGCCCAGGCGUUGUAGGGAGGUCAUACAGGCACGUGGAGGCCACACACACUACUGAGCCUAAUUUUGACUUGUUUUAAGGACAUUACAUCAAAGUUGGAUCAGCCUGUAGUGUGGUUUUCCACUUUAAUUUUGAGGGUGACUCCAAAUCCAGACCUCCAUGGGUUGAUACAUUUGAUUUCCAUUGAUACUUUUUGUGUGAUUUUGUUGUCAGCACAUUCAACUAUGUAAAGAAAAAAGUAUUUAAUGAGAUUAUUUCAUUCAUUCAGAUCUAGGAUGUGUUAUUUUAGUGUUCCCUUUAUUUUUUUGAGCAGUGUAUAUUUUAUAUUUGAGAUUCUUCAAAUAGCCACCCUUUGUCUUGAUGACAGUUUUGCACACUCUUGGCAUUCUCUCAACCAGCUUCACCUGUAAUGCUUUUCCAACAGUCUUGAAGGAGUUCCCACAUAUGCUGAGCACUUCUUGGCUGCUUUUCCUUCACUCUGCGGUCCGACUCAUCCCAAACCAUCUCAAUUUGGUUGAGGUCGGGGGAUUGUGGAGGCCAGGUCAUCUGAUGCAGCACUCCAUCACUCUCCUUCUUUGUAAAAUAUCCCUUGCACAGCCUGGAGGUGUGUUGGGUCAUUGUCCUGUUGAAAAACAAAUGAUAGUCCCACUAAGCCCAAACCAGAUGGGAUGGCGUAUCGCUGCAGAAUGCUGUGGCAGCCAUGCUGGUUAAGUGUGCCUUGAAUUCUAAAUAAAUCACAGACAGUGUCACCAGCAAAGCACCCCCACACCAUAACAACACCUCCUCCAUGCUUUACGGUGGGAAAUACACAUGCGGAGAUCAUCCGUUCACCCACACCGCGUCUCACAAAGACACGGCGGUUGGAACCAGAAAUCUCCAAUUUGGACUCCAGACCAAAGGACACAUUUCCACCGGUGUAAUGUCCAUUGCUCGUGUUUCUUGGCCCAAGCAAGUCUCUUCUUCUUAUUCGUGUCCUUUAGUGGUGGUUUCUUUGCAGCAAUUCGACCAUGAAGGCCUGAUUCACACAGUAUCCUCUGAACAGUUGAUGUUGAGAUGUGUCUGUGACUUGAACUCUGUGAAGCAUUUAUUUGAGCUGCAAUUUCUGAGGCUGGUAACUCUAAUGAACUUAUCCUCUGCAGCAGAGGUAACUCUGGGUCUUCCAUUCCUGUGGCGGUCCUCAUGAGAGCCAGUUUCAUCAUAGCGCUUGAUGGUUUUUACAACUGCACUUGAAGAAACUUUCAAAGUUCUUGAAAUGUUCCAUAUUGACUGACCUUCAUGUCUUAAAGUAAUGAUGGACUGUUGUUUCUCUUUGCUUAUUUGAGCUGUUCUUGCCAUAAUAUGGACUUGGUCUUUUACCAAAUAGGGCUAUCUUCUGUAUACCCCCCUACCUUGUCACAACACAACUGGUUGGCUCAAACGCAUGAAGAAGGAAAGAAAUUCCACAAAUUAACUUUUAAGAAGGCACACCUGUUAAUUGAAAUGCAUUCCAGGUGACUACCUCAUGAAGCUGGUUGAGAGAAUGCCAAGAGUGAACAAAGCUGUCAUCAAGGCAAAAGGUGGCUAUUUGAAGAAUCUCAAAUAUAAAAUAUAUUUUGAUUUGUUUAACACUUUUUUGGUUACUACAUGAUUCCAUAUGUGUUAUUUCAUAGUUUUGAUGUCUUCACUAUUAUUCUACAAUGUAGAAAAUAGUAAAAAAAAUUAAGAACCCUUGAAUGAAUAGGUGUUCUAAAAAUCUUGACCGGUAGUGUAUAUUUAAAACCCAACACUUUUAGAGUUUUACUCAAGGACUAUUUUACUGGGUGACUUUCACUUUUACUUGAGUCAUUUUCUAUUAAGGUAUCUUUACUUUUACUCAAGUAUGACAAUCGGGUACUUUAUCCACUACUGUGUAAAGGCUGUAUGCCUUUACACAGUGAUGACACACAUUACACAUCCAGAAAGCAAAUAUAAUUAGUCAAAUAACUUGACUUUGUUUUUCAAAGGUAUGAAUGUACGCAAUGGCACAGAUGUGGAUGCAGGCAACGUGAUGAAGGUGUUUGGGAAACUGGGUUAUAAGGUGAAGGUUUACAACGACCAGACAGUGGACCAGAUCAAGCAUGUUUUAACCACAGGUAAGCAUGUUCGAAAGUCAGGACCACCACUGACAACCACCACGAAGAUAGGUUUGUCUUUGUAUAAAGAUCAUACACAGAAGACAUUCAGUAAAUUAAGUUUUAAAAGCAGCCCAUUCAUAAUAAAAACAAGUAGAAGUACAUGGUCCCCUGUACAUAAACUGAGAAUCAACAAUAUGACGUUGCCACGAGCAACAGGGUUAACCAAAGACAUUGCAGAUGAGCGCGAUGCAAAACGAUCCGCUCUCACAGUAUCUGCAUAUGUGCACUGGUGCGCUUCAUUCACUCACCUGAAACAUGAUAGCUGUGUGAAAACAAUGGUGGUGAAAAUUAGCGUCUCACUUCCCACUUGUUGUUCUGGAAAUUGUACCAAUACUGCUCUUGUGUCUACCUUUAAAGGGGCAAUCCGUAGUUGAAACAAUAACAAAACGACUCCCCACCAUGUUUCGGUAAAAAGCUGAGAGAUGGGGCUGAAGAAAUGUAACCAUUCUCAAACUCAUAGACAGAGCUAUGGAUGCAAGGACUGACCAACCAUGAUAUCAACGUUAUAGUUUUAACCAUGUUUUAAAAUGCUGUACAGUGUUAGUUUACAUUUACUUUGUUUACAAACAUUGAAGUAAAGCAAGAUUAUAUUUUGGGUUCUGAUGGAUUACGACAGGGGAACUAAGCUCAUGAGGAAUUUAUGUUAUGUUCUUCAAGAAUCAAUGGGUACAUCAAUAAUCAAUGAUUUAUAAGUCCAGAAAUUGAUGUAGCAACAGCAGAUUGCUCCUUUAAAGAGCCUUGUCAAUUCUGUGAAGGACCAACCUAAAACUUGAUGAUGUGUUUGCAGCCUCCAAGGAGGACCACAGCCGCUCUGCCUCAUUCGUGUGCGUCCUGCUGAGUCACGGGGACCAUGGCGUGUUCUUCGGAACGGAUGCCUCCAUCGAACUCAAGAGCCUCACCAGCCUGUUCCGGGGCGACCGCUGCAACUCGCUGGUGGGCAAGCCCAAACUCUUCUUCAUCCAGGUACUGUGGCCAUCACAUGCUUUUAAAAGCAGGUUUACAAAGCCGUUGCACCUGUUUGGGGUUUUUGUUUUCUAGAUGGAAUUAAAGUGAAACAAAUGCACUAGAACAACAAUAUGAAGUUAAGGUCAAAAGAAGGUAUAAGAUAGAGGUUCAUUUAAUCCCCUACUGACAAAACAGGUUAAUCUCGUCCACAGUCAAGUGGUGAGGGAUUGUUCCCCUGUGUGUGUGUGGCAAGCAGGCUUGCAGAGGUACUGAUCUGGACGGGGGCAUCGAGGCAGACAGCAGUUCAGAUGGGAGCUCGACCAGGAUCCCUGUGGAAGCAGACUUCCUCUAUGCCUACUCCACAGCUCCAGGUCCAAGACAUGUUCCAAAGCCACACACACACACACACACAUAGACGCACUCUCCAGUCAAGUUGCCUUGUUUCCUUGAGGUAUGCACAGAUCUAUAAGUAGUUGGAUCUGUGAAAGCAAGGCUACCACCCUCUUACUUAUACCAAUCCAUCCAAUUCAGAUCUGUUAUUAUCUUGAGCAAGAGUGCAUUUUCUGAAUUAUUCAAACCAUGCCAUUGACUCUUAUGCGCGCUCACACAUCUUCCCACAGGCUACUACUCGUGGAGGAACACGCAGACUGGCUCCUGGUUCAUCCAAUCGCUGUGUGAGAUGAUUGGCAAGUACAGCAAAGAGCUGGAGGUCCAACACAUCCUGACCCGGGUCAACCACAAGGUGGCGACAGAGUUUGAGUCUGUGUCAAACUCUCCCGGCUUCGAUGCCAAGAAGCAGAUCCCCUGCAUC